GCCCAGCCCAAACAAGCUGGAGUAGCCAAGAAGAAAUAAAGCUGAAACUUGUUUAUUAGAAACAUUAGUUUCUUUCUACCUGAGCAAAAACCAUUCCCAAUUUCUCACAAAACCCUCUGAGACUGAAACCCAAUUUCCCGGCAGUCUGUCUCCGAUGUCGAUCUUCGAAUACAAUGGAGGUGCUAUAAUCGCAAUGGUCGGGAAGGACUGCGUCGCCAUCGCCUCCGAUCGCCGUUUCGGCGUUCAGCUCCAGACAGUCGCCACCGACUUCCAGAAGAUUUACAGAGUCGACGACAGGCUGUUUCUCGGCCUCUCCGGCCUCGCUACCGAUGCCCAGACACUGCAACAGAGGCUUGUGUUUAAGCACAAUCUGUACAAGCUGAGGGAAGAGAGGCCUAUGAAGCCUGAGACCUUUGCUAGCCUUGUUUCUGCUAUUUUGUAUGAGAAAAGAUUUGGUCCGUACUUCAUUCAGCCUGUGAUUGCUGGAUUGGGAGAUGGAAACAAGCCAUUCAUCUGUACUAUGGAUUCAAUCGGAGCCAAGGAGCUGGCAAAGGAUUUUGUUGUUGCUGGCACUGCAUCAGAGUCCCUAUAUGGUGCUUGUGAGGCAAUGUUCAAGCCUGACAUGGAACCAGAGGAAUUGUUUGAAACUGUAUCUCAAGCACUUCUGUCAUCAGUGGAUCGAGACUGUUUGAGUGGAUGGGGUGGCCAUAUCUAUGUUGUGACACCAACCGAGGUGAAGGAGAGGAUCUUGAAGGGACGGAUGGAUUAAUGCUGCAUGGAUGUAUUGAAUCCUUUCCUUUUCAUGUUUGUCUUUAACUUCGAGGAGUAGCUCUGAGCUCGUGGUGAUUCAAAGCUCUGUUAUGUGUUGACAAAACUAUGUAAUGUGAUCAAAUUAGAUUUUUGCUGGAGGAAUUGUAGGGAAGAUAUUCAGAUGUGCUUUAAAAGUUAAAACAGUCGGUAUGAUCUAAAUUGUUUCUUAAUGAGAAUGCACUUGUCCACAUAAAUCACACAUA